GCCGGGUCCUGGCGCCUGGAAGCCGGAAGCGGCGGCGCGGCCGGGGCGGGCUGGCCCUUGGGCGCCCGAGCUCCCGAAGGGUCAGCCUUCUCUGCGCGGUCGCUGCCUCCCGCAUUCCUCGCCAGUCCAGAAAAGGGCGCCGGGAGUGAGGUGGGGGACGACUGGAGAGGGCCCCGCGGAUGCUCCCAGGACGAGUGGCCCCAGGCCCCCAGGGAACAUGGGCGUGCUCCGGGCGGGACUGUGCCCGGGCCUCACCCAGGACAUGGUCCAGCUCUUGCAGAGCCGCGGAAUCAAGACAGUGGUGGACCUGGUUUCUGCAGACCUGGAGGAGGUCGCCCAGAAAUGUGGCCUGUCUUACAAGGCCCUGGUCGCCCUGAGACGGGUGCUGCUGGCUCAGUUCUCAGCUUUCCCCUUCAAUGGCGCUGAUCUCUACGAGGAACUGAAGACCUCCACGGCCAUCCUGUCCACCGGCAUUGGGAGCCUGGACAAACUGCUAGAUGCUGGUCUCUACACCGGAGAAGUGACUGAAAUUGUAGGCGCCCCGGGUAGCGGCAAAACCCAGGUAUGUCUUUGUGUGGCAGCACACGUGGCCCAUGGCCUGCAGCAGAACGUCCUCUACAUUGAUUCCAAUGGAGGGCUCACGGCCUCCCGCAUUCUCCAGCUGCUUCAGGCCAGGACCCCGGACGAGGAGGAGCAGGCAGGAGCUCUCCAGAGGAUCCAGGUGGUACGUGCGUUUGACAUCUUCCAGAUGCUGGACGUGCUGCAGGACCUGCGAGGCACUGUGUCCCAGCAGGUCAGCAGUUCUUCCGGGACUCUGAAGGUGGUGAUUGUGGACUCGGUCGCGGCGGUGGUCGCCCCACUUCUGGGAGGUCAGCAGAGGGAAGGCUUGGCCUUGAUGAUGCAGCUGGCCCGAGAGCUGAAGACCUUGGCCCGGGACCUCAGUGUGGCCGUGCUGGUGAGGAAGUGGGCUUGGCCAGCCAUGCUAGCCUUCUCUCUGGUCCCUGGACUUCACCAAGUGGGGAGGUGUUCUUUCCAGGUGACCAAUCACAUGACCCGAGACAGGGACAGCGGGCAGCUGAAACCUGCCCUGGGACGCUCCUGGAGCUUUGUGCCCAGCACCCGGCUUCUCCUGGACAACACCCAAGGCUCAGGAUCUCUGGGCAGCCGGCGUGUGGCGUGUCUAACCAAAUCCCCCCGUCUGCCAACAGGUUGCCAGGAGACGGUGGACUUGGGGAGCUUGGGGGCCCCAGCGUUCCAGGGAGAUCACAAAGGACAUUGGGAGCAGAGCCCAGUGUUCCAGGGAGAUCACACGUGAUGGUGCUGUUGAUGGGGGAAGGGACAGGCUGCAAGGCCCCCAACUCACUGGCAUGGUAAUGCCUGCUGCUCGCUGCCGGCAGCCCCUGGGGCGCUAGAGACGCGCUCUCGCUGGGAAGCCAUCUCAGCCCUCAGCUCCUCUCUCCAGAAACACAGUGCUACUGGCAAGAGAGGAUGCUGUUGUGGAAGGACCCAGAAAUUCAUGCUGGUACCCGGUUUUCUUCCCUCGUUUCUACCACGUGUGUUUCCAGCGGGAGCCAGGUUCAUGGACUUGGGCAUCUCUGAAGAGGCACUCUGGAGCCUGGACGGAUUAACCCUGUACAUCACCCUCCUACCCUCCAUCCUGACACAGUGACUGAGCUUGAGGCCUCUGGCUUGCCUUUGUUUCCCUUCUUUUUUUUUCCCUCUGCCUCUGUUUUUCCAUCUGUAAGAUGGGGCUCCUUUCCCCCUAACUCUGUCUUUGACUUACUGGGUGGAAGUAACCUUGUAAAUGCAACCCGUGUUGUGUGCUCAA